AUGGCUACAAAUCAACGAACCAGCUUCGAAAGGUCUCUAGACCUCUUUCGGCGAGAGCUUUCUGAUGACCAGAUCAAGCAAAUCAACGGAGCCAAUCAGAAAAUUGUGACCGAUACUAUCCAAGAAAUUCAGGGCAGAUUAGGGCGCAGAAAUGACCUUUGCAAAUUGACCCGAAUCCAGAGAUUUCUCCACGCUAUGGAACACAUUGAGAAGCUUGUCACAAUAUUCCUUAACGCCAGUGACUUCGUGGCGUUCAUUUGGGGCCCGAUCAAGCUGGCGCUUAUGGUCGCCACCACUUGGACAGAUGCUAUUAGGCAGCUGAUCGAUGCUUACGAAGAAAUCGCAGAGGCGCUAGGUAAUCUUGCCUUCUUCCAAAACCUCAUUCAAAGCAGAGACGACUUGAGGUUAGUCUUGGCCGAUUAUUUCUCCGAUAUCCUUCAACUCCAUCACUGCGUUCUUGGUGUCUUUUCUCGUCCAGAAUGGAAAAGACUGUUCAAAUGGGCUUGGGGAAGUUUUCGGCGCGAAGUCAAGACAAUUCUCGAAAGUCUCAAACGCAAACAGGCUCUGUUGUCAGAUGACAAGCUGCAAUCUCACGCUAUUCUCAAGGAAGUCCAAGACUCUGGCCAGUACGCUAAGGACCAGUUUGGUAACCUUCAGACUAGUCUCGAAGAUAUAAGGUCUACUCUGGCUUCCGAGCAGUUGCAAAGCAAGGCAUUGCAAGCACAAGAAAUGAAGACCUAUUUAGAGAGUCGACUGAACGUUUCGAAAUCUCGAACCGAUCUUGACUUGGAAUCGCGGGAUCCUGUAUAUGAGAAUUCUGGUGUUUGGAUAUUUUCCAGCCCUACUUUCAAGCGCUGGGAAGAAGGGAAGUCUGCAGAGAACAGGGUCUUGUUUCUCAAUGGCUCCCCUGGUUCGGGCAAGUCCACUUUAGCAAAGACAAUAAUUCGUCAUCAAAGGCAGAAAGAAGUCUCUGAAGCUCCCGGGCGGUCUUUCCUAGCUUAUUUCUUCUUCAAGCACAAUGCAACGGAACGGAGAACGGCCCGGUCGAUGCUCCAACACGUCAUCAUGCAACUCGUCGACGCAGAUGAAACUAUAAUGAGGCUUGCACACGACACACUAUCCACCAAAGACGUUACCGAACUUGCUGACCUUAAGGAAUUGGCCACUGAUUGCUUUACAUCCCGGCCUAAUGCAACGCUCGUCCUUGACGGACUGGACGAGGCGAUGAGCAACGAGCAAGAAAUCUCUAUCAAGUGGUGUUUGGAUAGGCUGGUUCCAGCUGCAAGAACGAGUGGCUGCCACCUUAAAAUACUGAUUUGCGGACAGAGAGACGGAAAACUCGACUGUGUGCUAUCAUCUCAUCCUCAGAUCCGACUGGACCUAGUAGAUGCUCACCAAAGUGACAUUGAGCAGUUCACGAAAGAGCAAGCCGCGAAGAUACGAACUAGAUUUCGGUUAGCAGCGCAAGAAGAACAGACUCUGGUAUCCAAAAUAGCGGGCUCAUCUCGAGGGAUGUUUCUAUAUGCAAGAGUGGUGCUUGAUAACCUUGCAGCUAUGGACUCGAAGCGAGACUUUAAAGACGAACUGGAAAGCGAUGCGUUCCCGAAAGAUCUGAAUCAAGCUUACGACCGUAUCACUCAACGUGUUCUUCAAAACAAUCGGCCCUCACGUGACACGAGCGUGAAGAGGAUCCUGGGUUGGAUUAUUUGUGCCGCAAAGCCCCUUCGAUGGCGCGAAAUACAGUCCAGAUUCUGCAUCGAUGCAGAAAAGCAGAUUUGUGACCUUGAUAACAUGCGUCUCGACAGCUGCAAGCGAAUAUGCAGCUCCCUUGUUGACGUAACAAAUUGCGAUAUGUUUCCCAACAUAGAAUCCGAGCAGUUCAUCAGCAUAGUUCAUGAAACAGCAACCAGAUAUCUCAUUGACAACAGGACGGUCAAUCUGCUAGAGGAGCAUAUCGACAUGGCUCUUUUUUGUUGUCGGUAUUUAUCGUCUCGACCUUUUACUACAAGCAAGAGCCAAGACAUCACCGCCGAUAUUCAUUCGGGCUAUUUUGGGUUCUUGGACUACGCUGCGGCUCACUAUGACACCCACGUACAGGAGGUUGAGGCUCUAGAGGUUUUGACGAAUUCGGCCCCCAAACUGGAGGCUGUCAAAACAGCAGCAGUUGAUUUGGAAAAAGCACAUUGCAAAGAGUCCGCAGUCGAAGCAGAAGACAUUGAUAGGGCAGCUCAAGACUUGAUCCUGGCCAUUCAAGAUAGCGUGCUCGUCGUACGAACUCUGAUAGACCUUGAACGAGAGAAGCCAGGAACCGCUGCUUUCGACUUAACUGAGGGACCAAUGAGGCACAGGUGUCACAAGAUUCAAUGCUCCAAGUUUGCCACGGGACUUUCGGACAAAACUGCACUCGAGCAGCACCUCGCAGUGCAUGAUAGGCCGUUCAGAUGCCCUCAUGCUGAUUGCUUUGGGCAUAAAAUUGGGCAUGCUUCUCAAAAGCAGCUGGAAAGCCAUGAUAAGACCUUUCACCGCACUACAACUGGAGUCAACGCCACUUUUCCUAGUGUAUCUAGGAAUGACGCAUGGAACCCUUAUGAAGCUUGCAAAGCUGGUGAUCUUGAUGAAGUUAAGAGAUUUCACCGCGAGGGGGCUAAUCUCGAAGGCCGCAAAGCAAAUCCUGUCACGCCCCUGUGUGCAGCUGCUUCAGCUGGGCAUGGCCAUGUUUGCAAGUAUCUCGUCGAUAAUGGAAUUGACCCUUUUCAUUAUAAGAGGGAUGCCAGAUCCUUGCAGAAUCCAAUCACUCGUGUGAUCAACGGGCCGCAUCUGGACAUCCUGGAAUUUUUUCUGCACAACGGCAAUGGCCCAAACGAUUCCAACCUAGCAGAGAGUAUUGCUCGGGCAAUAUGCGCAGAUAACCCAGCCGCUUUGAGCAUGAUUCUGAAUAUAAGACAGCCGAUAUACCAUGCGGACGUGAUCAAGCUAGUCCCACAUAAGGUAUUAGCCCAAUACCCCUGGAACUGGAAAGGAGCCCGAAGAGCUACUCAUUCUGUCGACGCCACGCUGAUGCAUGCCUGGUUUCAAUAUGUCAGGCCAGAGUUCUACAAUGAAAAGGCGGUAUUCAUUGCACAGUCCGACUGUGCGGAGUACAAGAUCUGGGGGGACAUGUUUUUUCGACAACUCGGUUGCUUCCGCACGGCGUUAGGUAAGGGGUGCUACUCUCUCGCCAUAUUCCUAAUGGAUAUCGGGAAUGAUGAGUAUCUCCAGAUUGAAGACGAGAAUGGAGCUACACCAUUGCAUCUUUGCAUAAAAAGACUGUGUGUAGAGGACUGCAGUAGCUGUUUUUCUAUGGUUUGGCGCCUUCUUCGAUACGGCGGCGGUAAAUUUUCAAAUAUUACGGACAGUAAUGGCAAUAUACCAGCAAAUCUAGCAUUGAGUCGUGGUCUGCCGCAAGCUGUUCUCCGAGCUAUUCUUGACAAUACCGCAGACAUCAACUACAGGAACAACUCAGGGGGGAGUCUGUUGCAUGCAGCUAAGUCUGUUAACUCGAUUCGCGUGCUACUGGAGAACAAAUCUGUUGAUCUCUCCAGUCGGAACUACCAAGGACAGACAGCGUUUUCAUCUGCAAUCGGUCGAGGUCGCCAUGUUGAUGAAGACGUUCUCGGAUAUCUCUUCGAAGCAGACCCAAGCCUUGCAUGGACACCAGACAAAUCCGAGGGGGGACUCAUGCCACUCCAUCACGCAUUAAAACGUUUAGAUGAAUUUCACUCUUACCAGCGAGAAUGGGCAGCUUCGGUAGCCAGCUUUUUGCUUAAAUGUUCCGAAGCGAAACGAAUCUUGGUGGAAUAUCAAGCCAAGUCAACUGAUGCCGAUCGGAGAAAGGUGCGAGACUUUGCAGUGGAGCGAAAUUUGCAAAAGACACUAGAAAUAAUGGAUUCGAUUGGGUUCAACACUAUAUGA